ACGAGCGUGUGUCCGCGGUAACCGAGCCCCGCACCGGGGGUCACUUGUCCGCGCUUUGAUCCGCGUGUGUUUGAGGGAGGGAGAGAGCGAGCUAGGGCACUCGGGACAGGAAGCGAGGUGCACGCCGAGAGGCCUUCCCCUCACACACUCCUCCUCCUCUCCGAGAGCCGCCCCAACUCACCGGGCGCCGGAUACAUGCGGGGGGAGCUCGCCCUCCUGUGGAGAGGCCGCUAGAGGACCGUGAGAGGAGAAGGAGAGUCAUAAGGCAUAAUGGAGUUCCCUCCCCAGCAGAAGCCCUCCGAUCCCAAAACCAUCAUCUACCCUCCAGGGGUGAAGGAGAUCACUGAUAAAAUCAGCAACGAUGAGGUGGUCAAACGUCUCAAGAUGGUGGUUAAAACAUUUAUGGAUAUGGACCAGGAUUCAGAAGAUGAAAAACAGCAAUAUCUCCCCUUAGCCUUGCACCUCUCAUCUGAAUUCUUCCUCAGGAAUCCAAAUAAAGAUGUUCGUCUACUUGUAGCCUGCUGCUUGGCUGACAUCUUCAGAAUAUAUGCACCAGAAGCACCGUACACCUCACAUGACAAAUUAAAGGACAUAUUCUUGUUUAUAACAAGGCAGUUGAAAGGUCUUGAAGACACUAAAAGCCCACAAUUCAACAGAUAUUUUUACCUACUUGAGAAUUUAGCAUGGGUCAAAUCUUACAACAUUUGCUUUGAGUUGGAAGACUGCAAUGAAAUUUUUAUUCAGCUCUUUAAGACUCUCUUCUCUGUUAUAAAUAACAGCCACAACCAGAAGGUUCAGAUGCACAUGUUGGAUUUAAUGAGCUCAAUAACUAUGGAAGGUGAUGGUGUUACACAGGAACUGUUGGAUUCCAUUCUUAUAAAUCUCAUUCCUGCUCAUAAGAAUCUAAACAAGCAGGCUUUUGAUCUUGCCAAAGUACUUUUAAAGAGGACGGUUCAAACCAUUGAGCCCUGCAUUGCAAAUUUUUUUAACCAGGUCUUAGUGUUAGGAAAAUCAUCUGUGAGUGACUUGUCGGAGCAUGUAUUUGAUCUCAUUCAAGAACUGUUUGCAAUAGAUCCAAAUUUAUUGCUUUCUGUGAUGCCACAACUUGAAUUUAAGCUAAAAAGUAAUGAUGGAGAGGAACGAUUGGCUGUGGUACGACUUCUUGCAAAAUUGUUUGGUUCUAAAGACUCAGACUUGGCAAAUCAAAACAGACCUCUGUGGCAGUGUUUUCUUGGGCGUUUCAAUGAUAUUCAUGUUCCUGUCAGACUGGAGAGUGUCAAAUUUGCUAGUCACUGUUUAAUGAACCAUCCUGACCUGGCUAAAGAUCUCACAGAGUUUCUGAAGGUGAGGUCACAUGAUCCCGAAGAAGCAAUUCGUCAUGAUGUUAUUGUGACCAUUAUUACAGCGGGGAAAAAGGAUCUUGCUCUUGUAAAUGAUCAGCUGCUUGGUUUUGUUCGUGAGAGAACAUUGGACAAGAGGUGGAGAGUAAGGAAAGAAGCUAUGAUGGGCCUUGCUCAGCUGUACAAAAAGUAUUGUCUACAUGCUGAAGCCGGGAAGGAAGCUGCUGAGAAAGUGAACUGGAUAAAGGAUAAACUUUUACAUAUAUAUUACCAAAACAGCAUUGAUGACAAGUUACUUGUAGAGAAAAUCUUUGCCCAGUAUCUUGUACCCCACAAUAUUGAAACAGAGGAAAGGAUGAAAUGUCUGUAUUAUUUGUAUGCUAGUCUGGAUCCAAAUGCUGUGAAGGCGCUUAAUGAGAUGUGGAAGUGUCAGAAUAUGUUAAGAAGUCAUGUCCGAGAGUUAUUAGAUUUACACAAGCAGCCAGCAUCUGAAGCAAAUAAUACAGCCAUGUUUGGAAAAUUAAUGACUAUAGCAAAAAAUUUACCCGAUCCUGGCAAAGCACAAGAUUUCGUCAAAAAGUUUAAUCAGGUUUUGGGUGAUGAUGAGAAGCUUCGUUCUCAGCUAGAGUUGCUCAUAAGCCCAACAUGCUCAUGUAAACAGGCAGAUGUCUGUGUGAGAGAAAUUGCCAGAAAACUUGCAAACCCUAAACAACCAACAAAUCCAUUCUUAGAAAUGGUGAAGUUCUUACUGGAAAGGAUAGCCCCUGUACAUAUAGAUUCAGAAGCAAUCAGUGCAUUAGUAAAGCUGAUGAACAAAUCCAUUGAAGGUACUGCAGAUGAUGAAGAGGAAGGUGUGAGUCCUGAUUCUGCAAUUAGAGCGGGAUUGGAACUUCUAAAGGUAUUGUCCUUUACCCAUCCUACUGCAUUCCACUCGGCAGAGACCUACGAGUCUUUCCUACAGUGCCUUCGUAUGGAUGAUGACAAAGUAGCAGAAGCAGCAAUUCAGAUAUUUCGCAACACGGGGCAUAGAAUUGAAACAGAUCUGCCACAGAUACGAUCGACUCUUAUUCCAGUUUUGCAUCAAAAGGCAAAGAGGGGCACACCUCAUCAAGCAAAGCAGGCAGUACACUGCAUCCAUGCUAUUUUCACUAAUAAAGAAGUGCAACUGGCUCAGAUCUUUGAGCCACUUAGCCGAAGUCUCAAUGCAGAUGUACCUGAGCAGUUGGUAACUCCUUUAGUGUCUCUCGGUCAUAUCUCCAUGUUGGCGCCUGACCAGUUUGCUUCACCUAUGAAAUCCGUGGUGGCAAACUUCAUUGUGAAAGAUCUGCUAAUGAAUGACCGGACAAAUGGUGAUAAGAAUGGCAAACUCUGGUCACCUGAUGAAGAAGUUUCACCAGAAGUUCUUGCUAAGGUGCAAGCAAUAAAGUUACUAGUGCGUUGGUUGCUGGGUAUGAAGAACAAUCAGUCAAAGUCUGCAAACUCAACUUUAAGAUUGCUUUCAGCUAUGUUGGUCAGCGAAGGAGACCUGACUGAACACAAAAGAAUAAGUAAAUCAGAUAUGUCACGUUUGAGGUUGGCAGCAGGUGGUGCCAUUAUGAAGUUGGCACAAGAGCCUUGUUACCAUGAAAUAAUCACACCGGAGCAGUUCCAGUUGUGUGCCCUGGUUAUUAAUGAUGAAUGCUACCAGGUUCGACAGAUAUUUGCACAGAAGCUGCACAAAGCACUGGUUAAGCUGCAGCUCCCACUUGAGUAUAUGGCAAUAUUUGCACUCUGUGCCAAGGAUCCAGUGAAAGAAAGACGGGCCCAUGCCAGACAAUGCUUGCUCAAGAACAUAAGUAUACGAAGAGAAUACAUCAAACAAAACCCAACGGCUAAUGAAAAACUUUUGUCUCUCCUGCCGGAAUAUGUUGUACCAUAUAUGAUUCAUCUUCUGGCUCAUGAUCCAGAUUUUACUAAACCUCAGGAUAUUGACCAACUCCGUGAUAUCAAAGAGUGCCUUUGGUUCAUGCUUGAAGUCUUAAUGGCCAAGAAUGAAAACAACAGUCAUUUAUUCAUGAAGAAAAUGUGUGAGAGCAUCAAACAGACACGGGAUGCCCAAUGUCCUGAUGAUCCUAAAGCAAAUGAAAAAUUGUAUACGGUCUGCGAUGUGGCUCUUUGUGUUAUGAAUAGUAAAAUUGCCAUCACCCUUGUUGAAGCACCCAAGGAACCUAUGUUGCCAAGUAGAUUUUUUACGCAGCCCGACAAGGAUUUUUGCAAUGACAAGAGCUACAUAUCUGAAGAAACACGGAUACAUCUGUUAACGGGAAAGCCAAAACCAACAACUGUCCUUGGUGCACUGAAUAAGCCUCUUUCUGCUACCGGCAAGCGGCCUUAUCACAGAAGUUCUGUACCUGAUGUUAGUAAUACUAGUGUCAUUUCAGAAUCUGAUCCUACUGUUCUUUUACGGCAAAGGGAUCAGACCACAGAAGUAUCGGAAAUUUGUGUAAGUGAAAAUGAGGAGCAUCCAGUUAGAUUGAUCUCUUCCACUCCAGUAAAAUGUGAUGUUGUUAACAAGGAGGUGAUUUCAGAUCAGAUAGUUAAUCCUAAUAUUGGUGGAGAAAGAGGCAAAAAAAGGCCAGCAGCUUCGCCAGGGUCAGAAAAUAUUCAUAAAGAGGCUGAGGAGAAAAAGACAGACGAUGUAGCGCCAACAGCACCACCCAAGCCCAGAAGAGGACGGCCACCAAAGUCAGAGUCUCAGGGCAGUGCAGCAAAAAAUGAAUCGAGCAAGCCAUCUGGAAGAGGACGUAAGAGGGCGGCAGCCAGUCAAGGAAGUGCUGCAGGAAUGGAGACAAGCAACGCAAAGGUACCAAAACAGCAAGAUGGAACAGCCAAAAAAGCACAAAGACAAAUGGAUUUACAAAGCAUCCUUUGUCUGGAUAGUGAAGGAGAUUCCCUAUGGGACAUAGACUCCAGUCCAGGAAAUGCAGCUAGUGAUGCAGAUCUAUUUAGUGCAUGUGAGAGCAGCCAAGAGACAGAAGAAAAACAGAUAGAAGAGAGAGGUUUCUUCAAGGUAAAAAGAAAGGUCCAGAAUAUCAGGCAGAAAUGACUGUCCCAAACCAGGCAUGCUCCACACUUCAAGAUUCAAUUCCAUUUUUUAUUCAGAAGAGAAAUUUGCUCAAACAUGAACUUUUCUAUUUUAACUAAUACAAAAUGAAUUCUGAAAUGUAAAGUCUUCAACAAGCCCAUUGAGUUUUUAGGACUUUUUUUGUUACAUUUUUUUUUUUCCUUCAUCCAUUGAGAUCACACUAUGGUUGUAUUGGGUCUCGUUGACACCAAGUGUCUGCUGUAUUCUGCUUUACAAGACAAAGCCAGAAGGUGCCGAUUUUAUUAUGAGUUUUGACCCUGCACAUAGGACUCGAUGAGUAAACAGAUUGUACUGUUUUCUGCUGGUGUACAUAGAGGCAAGGCACAACCUGGAACAAGGGAAACGCUUGUUGAAGGAAUGUGUUGAAUUAAUCGAUUAGAAAUUGUUUUAUGUAAAGAGAAAUUUGUGCUGCAACUCUAAUUUUUAAAUAGAAUGAAAUGUACAGUCCCUACCCCGUUGCACCAGAAGAUGUUAUGCUCUAAACAGGAGCGAUUCACCAUUUUAUUUUUGAAGUAGACAUUUCAUUUGAUGUCCUUCAUUCAACCUUUAUUCUGGGUUAAGAUUUAGCUAAAUGUACAUAUGUCUUUUUUUCUUUUUCUUUUUUUUUCAUUUUCGUAAAAGCCGUUUUAUUAAAGUACUGUUGGAAUACUGUACUGGAUAAGCAAGACAGUCCUGCAUUUGGUUUUAUAAUGUUGGUUGCCAGAUUUUUAAUAACAUUUUAAAAGUUUAAAAAAAUACUUUUGUUUUUAACAGUUGCAUUAGGCAACUGUAUACAGAAAACUUGGAAGUGCUGGUUCUGAUUUUUAGCUGUUUUGCUGUCCAUGUUUCUUGUUUGUCUGAGAAUCAUUUUCCCAAGUUUCUGUUUUAGAUUGUGUGCACUCUGCGUUUUGUGAAAGUCAGCGGACACUUAAGUGUUCCCCCUAAUGCUGCCCGUGCACCUUGUAUGUACACAUGAUCAUAUUUAAGUUUUGUUGCAUACAAUAAACGCUUCUAGGUGUCAUACUGUUGUCCAUUGUUUAUUGUUUUAAUUAAUUUUUUCCUUUUCAUUCUCAUCCUCUCCAUUAUAAAGAUAUAUAGUAAUACUAGAUAGAACAGCUCUAUUGGUAUUUCUCAUAUCUGGGCAUCAGGAGAUUAAUUUAUUAAAAUGGUGCCAGCCAUUUUCAUGGGCAGUGUCUUAUAGUCACUCGAAUAGUGAUAAGGUGCAGUGCCUGACAUUGAUAAUUUUUUUAAUGAAUGUUAGCUCAAUAUUAUCCCGAUAGCUGGUAGGGAUAUAAAACAAAUUAGACCUGGUUCUCAGUCGAUUUCUACUCUUAGCUUUACUUUUAAGCACAAAAGUUGUAGCAGUCGGGCUGAGGUGGGGGAGGGAGGAGGCAUGCAUGCUGCAGCUCAGCCAGGCCUCUCCAAACAGCCAUGAGAGACUAUCAUUUUGUUUUGAUCUCCAUUGUCUGGAGCUCUUGGCAUCAUAUAGAGCUGACAGAUUCCCUUUUUGAGAGUGGUGCUGUUAGUUGGCAGGGAAAAACCUAGACCACUUUACUGUAAUCUACUAUCCCUGUUAUCCAUUUCUAGGCAGACUGUAGUGUCAUUCUGUGUGAUUACUGAAAAGAAUUUCUACAACCAAAUACACUUUGGUGGGAAUUUAUUAUGUGAUUUAUAGCAUGAAAGAAAAUGGCAAAUUAUGGGGCAAGUUAUCUUUGUAUAACUGCUUGUAUAACUUUGCAAUGCCCAAAGUAUGUGAGGGCACGGACUCUAUCAACCCAACAAAUUUAUUAAUCCCAGAGACAUAAAAUUAAUUAAUUGGGCGGAAAUGUGGUACCUGGUCAUAGAAGGCAAAGAUUUCUCCUGACUUUAAGACAAACCAUAAUGCACCAAAUGUAUAAAUAUUAACCUUUCUCGUUCAGCUCCAUUGGGGGACACAGAGACCGUAAGUAUAUGCUGCUGCCACAAGGAGGCUUGACAUUAGGCAACAAAAGAAACUCUGUCUCCAGCAGGAUUAACCCCGACUACCGACUCUGAGCUUUCAGUUUUAGCUUAGUGUCCGUAGGAGGCACACUGGUCUGGAGUGCUCCAGACCUGGUCGUUUAUUUUCUUAUUUUUUUAGUUUAUAUUAAGAUUUUUUUCUCCCUUUAAUUUCUCUCUUUUUAGGUGGGGUCUCAGGAGCAUAGCGCUCACUGUUUCCCCAUUUGCGAAGAAGGGGCACAGGCAUCUAAUGCACUGCCAACCCCUUCUCGCCACCGGUCAGCACUUGGGGUUGUACCUUUGGGUCAGGGACCCUCCACCUUCCCUGCUCAUCUCAUGGUUUCAGCCCGGUAUUAUGCAGGUUUAUAAUAGCUGGCUGAAGACUACAUUAGGUAAGUUUUCUCAGGACAAGGUGAGUAUUCCUUCUCCCUCCCUCUCUUUUCCAGGAAUCUUUUAUCAGGAUUCUCAACAUCUGUAGCCACCCUGUUUUGGGCCCACUCCUUUUUAGUCAUUCUGGGGACAGUUACCUUCUCGGCCAUUCGGAAUCUAGUGGACAGACAGUGAUGCAGAUCAUUUUUUUUUGGUUUUUCACAUUAUUUAGGGGCAUUUAUACAGCCGUACUUCUCCUGCGCUAUGCGCCUGUGACCAGCAUAUUUUCGCUUCGGCCGCCUACAUGCGUGAGGUGACCGGAGCGCCGGGGGUUCUGUUGUCUGCUGCACUGCUCGUUUCUUCCCUCUGUCUAUUUCUGACCUGGCACAGGUUUCCCGUUCCGUGGUGACUGCAUUGGAGAGGUCGUCCUUAUGCCAGCCUUCCAGAGAGGCUUGUUCACGAUCUCCUUAUUUUGGGCGCUCUCACAAGCGCCCUAGGGUGUUCUCCAUUGGCUCAUCUCUAGAAUCCGAAGCUCGGGACAGGCGCUCUCCUCAGAGGUCUCGUUCAUCCUCCCUGGCCCCCCUGCUUUAAGGGCAGCUCUCCUGGUCGCCAUCCUAGGUCUGCAGGUCUGCGUACCAGGUUUGUUUCGCCUUCAUCUAAGGCUGCCUCCACCUGCUCCCACUCUCCAACUGGAAGAUGAAGCGUCAGGUUCUGCCUCUGAUUCUGAGGACCGAACCAGCGUGUCCGACAUGGUAGACAAUUUGGUGUCAGCCAUCAGGGACACUUUUCACCUAGAGGAUCCCAGAACUUCAGACCCAGCUCUAGAAGUUUUCCUGUCAUGGUUCCAGUUGCUCGCCUAAGGUAUUCAGCUCUCAUGCUGUUCGUCGUCCGCAAGAAAGGGCCCUGUCCGCCUGAUCCUGGAUCUGAAGCUCUUCAAUCGUCGUCAUCUCCUGUUAUUUCCGUAUGGAGUCUCUGUUCUGUAGUGGCAUUCAUGGAUCAAGGGGAGUUUUUCCUCAGUGGAUAUCCGAGAUGCUUACCUUCACAUCCCCAUUUUUCUGGCACAUCAGCACCAUCUCCGCUUCGCAGUUCAGGAGGGCCAUGUUCAGUUUGUGGCCCUUCCUUUUGGCCUGGCCACGGCCCCAAGGGUCUUCACCAAGGUCCUGGUCGCAGUGAGCGCCAUCCUGUGAGCCCAGGGUGUGUCCGUGAUCCUCUACCUGAUUGACCUCCUGUUCAAGGCUCUAACCAGGGCCCACAAUCAAGAGGGUCUCCGUCUCACUCUUCGGACCUUGUCCCGUUUCGGCUGGGUGGUCAAUUAGGAUAAGUCCAACCUGAUUCCCACCCAGUCUCUGAUCUUCUUGGGACUCCAUUUCGACACUGCGACUGCCCGAAUUUGGCUUCUGCCAGACAAGCGCCGUGCUCUGUCAUCAGGAGUUUGUCUUCUCCGGGGUCCUGUUCCAGUUUCCAUUCGGUUCUGCAUGGAAGUCCUGGGUCGGAUGGUGGCGGCCAUGGAAGCUGUUCCCUUCGCCCAGUUUGUCUACCUCUUCAAAUUUCUCAUCCGUUCCGGUGGGAUAAGUGUCCGCUAUCCCUUGAUUGCAGGAUCAUUCUUCCUCCCAGGACUCGGCAGUUCCUCAUGUGGUGGCUUCGGUCCCCUCUUCUUCAACAGGGAAGAUCCUUUCUGCCCCUCCACUGGCAGGUCAUCACGACGGAUGCCAGUCUCAGCAGUUGGGGGGGGGGGGGGUGGAGAGUUUUCAGGGACUGGAUGGUCCAAGGCCAUUGAUCCUCCCUGGAAGCACUCCUCAUCAAAAUACUGGAACUUCGGGCAAUUCUUCUUUGCCUCCUUCAUUGGGAGCGCCUUCUCCUGGACUGUCCUGUUCGUGUCCAGUCGGACAACUCCACAGCUGUGGUGCAUGUCAAUCACCAGGGUGGCACUCGCAGUCCUGAAGCGAUGGGCGAAGUAUCCAGAAUCCUUCACUGGGCGGAACUCAGGGUUCACUCCAUCUUGGCAAUUCACAUUCCGGGAGUGGAAAAUUGGGAGGCGGACUUCCUCAGUUGCUCCUCAGCCGACCCAGACGUGUGGUCUCUUCAUCCAUAGGUGUUUGUGGAGAUCUGCAACCUCUGGGGCACUGCGGACGUCUACCUCUUUGCGUCACGCCACAACCAGAAAGUUCCUCGGUUUGUUGUGAAGUCCAGAGAUCCUCUGGCCCUAGCCAUAGACGCCCUAAUGAUUCCCUGGUUGCAUUUCGUCCUUCCCUAUCUCUUCCCUCCUCUACCUCUCCUUCCCAGGGUACUGAGGAAGCUCAAAGCAGAGGACAUCCCCGCCAUUCUCAUGGCUCCAGACUGGCCCAGGCGAGCGUAGUAUGCCGACAUAGUUCGACUGGUGGCCGACAUACCGCUGCCCCUCCAUUCAUCCCGACCUGCUCUCUCAGGGUCCCCUUUGCCACUCCAAUUUACUGUUGCUGCAUUUGACGGCUGAGACCGUGAUUCUGAGGGCCAGGGGCUUCUCUCCCCAAGUGAUCUGCACAAUGAUCAAGGCGCGCAAGCCUUCCUCUGCAAAGGUUUUUCACCGUACUUGAAGGUCCUACUUUCGAUGUUGUGAAUCUCCCUCCUUCUCCCCAGUUGUGUUCUCCCUCCCACAACUUUUCCUUUUUAGGGUAUGUUCACACUGAAAUCUCUGCUCGCAGAAUUGCGUGAGCAGAGAUGCCGUCAGUCGGCCACCGCAGGGCACUGUCACCAUUAAAGCGUAUGUCAGAUCCAACAAAAAACAUUUUUUUAAUAUAUCACUCAGUACCCAAUCCUGACCAUGUACGUCUAAUUUGUGUCUAGCGCCUUAAUUUAUUUUUUUAUUACACUUAAUUUAGCUCACUAGUCUAAAUUCCUUUGAGAGGGAGGGGGGAUGGCCUCACUGUGCAGGCCUCCGCCCCCUCCCUCAGUAUGUUGUCUGCUCACGUCUCUCCUAGCAUUUGCAAAACUACAACUCCCAGCUUGUCCUCACUGACAGUAGCGAGACACAAGCUGAAAGUGGGAGGAUUUUUCCUCCAGCUUUGAGCCCUGCACUCACAGCUGUCAAUCAAGGAAGUGUGUCCAUGACAUAGGUGAUGAUGCAUGGACACAGCAGGACUAGUAUGUGUCCAAGCAGGCAGGGGGUGCAGUUGUUUGGCUUUUUAAGUAUGAAAUACUGAAAAUUUUCCAAUGAAGGCAAUUGCAAAACCUAUUGGUUUUGCAUGCUUUACAACAUAUCAACUACACAUAUAUAUUUUUGUAUCUGACAGUGCCCAUUUAACCCCUACAUUUACGUCCUGUGCAUAACCGGGGGCAUCGGAGCGGUGCCAGUGUCCUGUGCGGCUGAUCCCGGCUGCUGAUCACAGCCAGGGACCCGCCGGCAAUGGCUGACGCCCGCCAUCUCGCGGGCGUCCGCCAUAAGCCCCUCAAAUGCCGGGAUCAAUACAGAUCCCGGCAUCUGCGGCAGUGCGCGAUUUCAAUGAAUGAUCGGAUCGCCCGCAGCGCUGCUGUGGGGAUCCGAUCAUUCAGAACGCCGCACGGAGGUCCCCUCACCUUCCUCCUUCCGGCUCCCGGCGUCUUCUGCUCUGGUCUGAGAUCGAGCAGACCAGAAUAGAAGAUGACCGAUAACACUGAUCUGUUCUAGGUCCAAUACAUAGAACAGAUCAGUAUUAGCAAUCAUGGUAUUGCUAUGAAUAGUCCCCUAUGGGGACUAUUCAAGUGUAAAAAAAAAUAAAAAUGUAAAAGUAAAAAAAAGUGAAAAAUCCCCCAAAAAGCGUAAAAAAUUUUAAUAGACAUAUUUGGUAUCGCCGCGUGCGUAAAUGUCCGAACUAUUAAAAUAAAAUGUUAAUGAUCCCGUACGGUGAACGGCGUGAACGUAAAAAAAGUCCAAAAUUUCUACUUUUUUAAUACAUUUUAUUAAAAAAAAAUAUAAAAAAUGUUUUAAGUUUUUUUGUAUGCAAAUGUGGUAUAAAAAAAAAAAGUACAGAUCAUGGCGCAAAAAAUGAGCCCUCAUACCGCCGCUUAUACGGAAAAAUAAAAAAGUUGGAGGUCAUCAAAAUAAAGGGAUUAUAAACGUACUGAUUUGGAUAAAAAGUUUGUGAUUUUUUUUAAGCACAACAAUAAUAGAAAAGUAUGUAAUAAUGGGUAUCAUUUUAAUCGUAUUGACCCUCAGAAUAAAGCACACGUCAUUUUUACCGUAAAUUGUACAGCGUGAAAACGAAACCUUCCAAAAUUAGCAAAAUUGCGUUUUUCUUUUUAAUUUCCCCACAAAAAUAGUGUUUUUGGUUGCGCCAUACAUUUUAUGAUGUGAGUUAUGUCAAUACAAAGGACAACUGGUCGAGCAAAAAACAAGCCCUCAUACUAGUCUGUGGAUGAAAAUAUAAAAGUUAAGAUUUUUAGAAGGCGAGGAGGAAAAAAUGAAAACGUAAAAAUUAAAUUGUCCUUAAGGCCAAAAUGGGUCCUUAAGGGGUUAAGGGCUAUGCAGUACUUGCAGAAUUCCGCGCAAAGAAUGAACAUGUUCUUUCUUUACGCAGAACAAUUUCAGAGACUGAAUUGUCUGCCGCUGAAAUUCUGCAGUGUGAAUGGGUCUCGCGGAAAACCCGUUCACACUGAUAAUGUGCACAUUACUUGCGGUAUUCUGCUUGAAUUCCGCAGUGUGAACAUACAGUAUGAGCUGUAAAAACGCUUGGCUCUCAGUUCCCUUAUGGAGAGUACCUGUCAUCAACUAAACUUUCCCUGAUCCCCCUCCCCAUCUCCUCUUACUCUAACUAUGCCUAUCCCUGUGUUUAUGGAGGUUUAAAACGCUGUAGAAAUACCUUUUUUUUUUUUUAUCCCUCUUCAUUAGCUCAGGAUCACUGUCUUUCUGAGGGAUGGAAGGAGGCGGGUCCCGGCAGGCACGAUGUCACAUGAUGCCUGGCCGGGACUCUGCUUCUGCCAGUCUUCCUGUCUCCCUCUGCAGCAGUGUUUCCCAACCAGGGUACCUCCAGCUGUUGCAAAACUACAACUCCCAGCAUGCCCAGAUAGCCAACAGUCUCUCUCUCUCUCUCUCUCUUUCUCUCUCUCUCUCUCUCUCUCUCUCUCUCUCUCUCUUUCUCUCUCUCUCUUUCUCUCUCUCUCUCUUUCUCUCUCUCUCUUUCUCCCCCCCCCCCCCCCUAAAAAGUCAAUGCUGAGGGGAGGGGGAGGUGACUGGCUUCUGUUAUAUGAGAGGCAUGUGCAGGCUUGUAGCUCACAGUGCUGCUCCAGGCUGGGAGAGAGUCCUGAGCUGAGAGUACUGAACUUCCUGUGGAAGGACCAGAGCCCUUUCAGCAUUAGUCCUAAAAGCUGUACACUUACUAUGAAAAGCAUAGGAAGCUGCCUGCAGACCAGGCAUAGAAGAGAAACCCCUAGUGGCCAAAAGUAUAAAAUGAAAAAACUGGUAUAAGUAUUAUUUUUUAAUGAAGAUAUAUUACAAUAUGUCUUCAUUAAAGAUUAUGAACAACAUAUUAAAAGUUUUUGUUGAUGACAGGUACUCUUUAAGGCUCAGGUGUCGGCUCUCUCCAUUCUCUUUCAGCGUCCCUUGGCAUCCGAUCCUCACAUCCGGACUUUUCUGCAAGGUGUUCAUCAUGCGGCCCUGCCUUACAGAUCCCCUAUUCCCCCUUGGGAUCUAAAUCUGGUUCUCAGUGCCUUUCAGGGUACUCCCUUCGAACCUCUCCAGGACGUUUCUCUUCGUAUCCUUUCCUGGAGGUGGCCUUCCUCAUUCUGGUCACUUCCAUUAGGAGAGUUUCGGAGUUGGCGGCUCGCUUCUGCUGUUCUCCCUACCUGGUUUUACACCAGGACAAGGUUGUUUUCCAUUCGGUCCAGUCCUUUUUGCCUACGGUGGUCUCCGCCUUUCACCUCAACAAGGAUAUUGUCCUUUUGUCCAGCUCUGUUCCAUCCCAAGGUUUGCUUCAUGGUGGUACAGGCUGUUCAGAUUUACCUUUCGGUCACCUCUGCCUUUCGCCAGUGUGACUUUAUUUGUGCUUACGGAGGGUCGUCGUAAGGGUCUUCCUGCUUCGAAAGCGACCAUUUCGCAGUGUAUCCGUUCUGCCAUCUCGGAAGCUUACCGCUGCAAGGGGAAGACUCCUCCCUUCCGGGUCUCUGCUCAUUCCAAUCGUUCUGUCUGGGCUCUCCGCAACAGGGCUUUGGCCUUGCAAACCUUUAAGGCAGCCACUUGGUCGUCCUUGCACAAGUUUACGAAAUUUUACCAGGUGCAUACCUUGGCAUUGGCUGAUGCUGGCUUGAGUCGCAAGGUGUUGCAGGCGGCUGUGGCCCAGCUUUCCACCCGAGUUACUUGAGUUUUUUUUCCCACCCCAGGGACUGCUUUGGUAAUUCCCACGGACUCUGUCCCCCAAUGGAGCCGAACGAGAAAAGUAGAUUUUUAUGCUUACCGAAAUCUCUGAGGAUCCAUUUGGGUGGUGGGGGGGGGGGGGCAGCACCUACCCAUUUGUUCUGGUGUCCUUAGUUCGGUUACCUGUCCGAGGGUUGGUUCAGUUAAUUUUUUUCUGUGGUUUCCUCGGACAGUUAAUGUUUUUUCUUUUACCUGUUGGUCCACUCCUACUGUUUUGGGACUAAACUGAUAGCUCAGAGUCUAUAGGCAGGGUUUAUCCUGCUGGGAGGGGCCGACUUUCUUUUGUUGCCUAGUGUCAAGCCUCCUAGUGGCAGCAACAUAUACCCAUGGUCUCUGUGUCCCCCAAUUGAUCCUCCAAGAAAGAUUUUACGGUAAGCAUAAAAGUCUACUUUUCUAAUAUAAUGAACUUUAGUUUAAGACCACAGUGUGAUACGCCAGUUUUAAAGUGGGGUCUCUGUAGCCACUCAUUAGUAACUUCUAACAUGUUUCUGACAUUCAGAAGUGAAAUAACAGUUUAGAUGCACUUUAAGUUUUCAUAUACUUAAGUCAGAAUUUGUGUGGCCUGGCUGAUCACUAAAUUGUAUGGGGCCUCCUUACUCUCCCACAACAGGUUAUGUUGAGAGGAGAGAAGGGUUGUUCUGCCACGAGAGCAGUCUGGCAGCAGCCUACUUUUUCCUCUCCUUUCUCUCUAGAAAAUGGUUGUUCAGCCAUGUCGAGCAUUCAUGUGUAUAGAAGUGAAAGCUAUUGGCUGAACUAAUAUUUAGCCACCUUUUUUAAUUUUCCUAUUGUACUGUAAAUGAAUGAAAACUUUUUUGUUAACAUUUACAGGCUGCUGAAACUGAGUUGAAAUGGUUCUGUGCAGCCACCAGUAAAGGUAGCUCACUGCAUGCUGCUUAUAAAAUGAACUCCUCAAUAAAACCAUAUGCAGUGUCGCCUGUAGGUAGCCAAAAAUUAACCAUUUGACUAUGACUAAAAGGCAUUUGAAGCUCUGUACAUGCUACAUGUAUAUAUGUGUGUGUGUGUAUAUAUAUAUAUAUAUAUAUAUAUAUAUAUAUAUAUAUAUAUAUAUAUAAAAAUCCAUGCAACAUUUUGCACCUGUUCAGAUAAAGAAUCUUGUUUAUCUGAACUCUCAAAUAGAAUCAACAGAAACUGUGGAACACAAGAUUGUACAAUUAGAAGUGAAAACUUGACUAAACAGAGCAAAUUUUUUUCAAUAACACCACCACACCUGUCCUCAGGUUGUGUAUGGUAUUACAACUCAACUCCAUUCACUUCAAUAGAACUGGGCUUCAAUUACACACACAACCUGAGGACAAAUGUGGUGCAAAGGUUUUCAGAAAUUCUGUGUUUGCAAUGCUUAAUAAACCCUUAAAUACCUGUGAAUUUUACACACUGCACCCAUCUCCAUUGAGCAUUAUGUUUAUGCAUAUGUUAUAAUUGCACUUGUAUGCUUGGAUUAUUGCACCUUUUAUGCACCCCUGAGUAUUGUCCAUGAUUAUGUAGGGGUGAGUGCACUAGAAAACAGUAUUGGCUUGAUAAGAUUCCUUUUUUUUUUUUUUUAAACUGUCCUUUUAUAUGUCAAUUCCUUGCUAUGCUUGCAGAACAUUUCCCAUUGUGUAUGGCUUUCAUAGAAAUAAGUCUGUAGCUGGUCCGAUCUUCCUGCUUGGAACAUGCGGUUUCCAGCUCAUCUCCUAUUAGCUGAAUCUAUGUGAUGCUUUUUUUUUUUUUUUUUUUUUUCCUCGUGCCUUAUUUCAUAAAAUGUUCUGAAACAAUGCCCCUCAUGGUGGUGGGGAAUAUCUUCUAAUCCCACUGUUUUGCUCUUAUUCCAUUUGCUUUGUCAUUUUCAGUGAAUAGAGAGCACAAAAUGCACAACCAAAAAUAGUUCAUUAAAGUUUGUUGAAUCUUUUAGUGUCCUGCCUCCUGAUGACAUUCCCUGUCUGUCUUGCAGUCAUGCUCUCCUGAAUGAUGUCCCAGCAUCAUUGGAGUCUAGGAUUUUUUAUUUUCUUCAACAUUAACCAUGUUUAAGGAAUAUGAUAACCUACUGUAUUGGACCGUACACUAAGUACGAAAUGUGACCUGACUAUAAAUGACUGUAAAUAGUCACAUGUAUACUUGGCUCUGUACAGCAUCAUUUCUUUGUGUGUUCCCUGUUUCCAACGAAUUUCUUAUUUGUCUUCCUUACAACUCAGUAAUAUUUUGAACUGCUCUUUAGUGAACACUAUUUACACUGUCAAACUUUGUAUCUGUCUCUUAUUAUAUCCUUUUAAGGUUUUCUGGCCAACCUACAUACUUAAUAAUGAAUCCAGGUUCCUGCAGGGAAAAUAGCCAUUUCUCUUUUCCCUCCAAAGUGUACAUACAGCUAUUUAAUAAAGUCUGCUCUCUUCUUAA